UUAGCCCUCGUUCCCCUUCCCCACUGCAUCAAGGCUGUUUCUUAGCCCACGUCACCAGCAGCCAGACAGCCUGCCAACCUUCCCAGAUGCCAAUAGCUUCAUAGUCUCAGACAAGUAUCCCACUAUGCCAAUCUCCAUGCCUUACGCAUCUAUCCAGGACACUCCUAGCUGGAGGUUAGUAGUGUCCGGGCGGAGGCAACUCACCCAGCGGAACCAGUCACGGGUCCCGAACCACAAAAGCAGCGCACUCACUCCCCCCUCCAACCUCCAAACGACAGACAACAACACCCUCGCCGCCCUGAACGAAAUCUACACCCCAGGGCUAGCUGAACCGUCAAACAUAAACCGGAGCAAUUGCACCUCUUCGUUGUUUUAACUGCGCGGGGAAGCUACACAGACAUACCUAGUUUUCGGAUAUCGCAGAUAGCCAGCUUCACAUGGCGGGAUUGGUCCUGCCGCCUCUAUCGAGUCAAUGAUGCGUUCAAAGCCCUCGUCUACGAUGCAGAAAACCUACGAUGAAUGCUAUCUAAUGUGCUCGACGGCUGUGUUUUUUGAAGGCCAGAAUAAUGAGGCGGAAGCUCUUAGAUCGUGGCGCUCAGCGCUUAGGACCUUACAGCACUAUAACACCCACAAAAUUCCCACGAACUAUGUCCCCAAAACAGAAACCGAGAAGGCCCUCUACGAUUCGCUGCGUGACUUGGAACUACAAUGUAAAGAGCGCGUGGAUUUACUAAAUGCGCUGAAUGAAAGCCGCAAGGAAGCCGGCGUUCAGCAAGUGACACCCCGCGCUGCCCUAGGGGAGCAGGAAACUGGGAAAGUACAACUGAACGGGCAAGAAGACACAGCGUCAAGCGCAUCCACCACGCCCGGUUGGCUUGCAGAUGGCACAGUACCGUCAUUCACCUAUUCGCAACUCUCACGGCCACCACCACGAGUCCCCGUUCCUGUGUCCAAUCGGAGGCCAUCAUUCCCGCACACUGUGAGCGGAGAACAGAUAGGCAGACGACGAUCAAGCGGAGAGUCUGCUUAUGGACGCACUUCGCCUUCCCCAUUUCCAUUGUCUCCUCUCUUAUAUGCCCCAUCCUCAAAUACACUAUCCAGAACCUCAAGUCCGGAAAAGAGGACUAUGUUAACGACGUUACGGACCAAGGACCCCAAGAAGAGCGCCAGUUCGAAAGAUCAAGAUACCAGCGAGCGGAUUGAGCGUCCUGAAUCCCGACCUGCAGCAUCGGCAUCUAGGGCGGCGGGUUUAGCAUGGAGUUCUAUUUCCCGCCUCUCCAAGUCAGGUGCUGCGACAACUGCGCCUAAGCAGAAUCAGCCCGUCGAGCCCAGCUCGCGGAAGGGGAUAUUUUUCAGUAACGAGUCGCCUCGACAGCCCAAAACAUCCUAUCUGUCAGACUACCUCCAGGCCUCUAGUCCGACCCGAAACUCACGGCCUGGCGCAUCAAGCUCUCUUGCUACUGAUGCUGCGGCUACAGCCCUCAAUACAUCCAAUUCCGACCUUUUGAUCGACCUCUCCGAACCGUCUCCUCCCGCAGGCCGUACGACAUCAAAUACAAGAGGCAUAUCGCCCAGCACCUCAAUAUCAUACUUACCCCCGAAAUCAAAUCAGCAACCGGAUUAUUUAAGCUACGUAGGUAGGUAUCCAGAGGAAGGGCCACCAUCAGGAUACGCCAAUACGCCUGCUCCACGAAAUAAUCCUUUCUCGACUUCACAGCCUCAGCUAUUUGGAAAUAAUACUGGUGAAGGAUACCUCACUCCAAUGAGACCCGCAACGAGCUCCACAACGCCUGUGCCUCAAAGUAAGAGUCGCGGGCCAAGCUCUUCAAAUCCCCGGCCACUGGUAGGUAAUGACGAUGCCUUGUAUAGCGCGCUUAGCAGCAUGCGCGCUGGCCCUGCUCAAAUAUCUUCAGCAGCGCAUAGCAAGAGGCCGGAGAGGGCGGGGGCAGAAUUCCAUCAUCAACUUAAUACCUCGUUAUCACACAAACCACCAACGUCAUCAGAUACUGCAGAACGCAGUAGAAGCAUUGAAAAUGUCAUGAAGAAUCUUCCCAAGGGAAUUGACGAGAAUGCAGCCCGGCAAAUCCUGAAUGAUAUUGUGGUUAGAGGAGACGAAGUCCACUGGGAUGAUGUUGCCGGGUUGGAAAUUGCUAAAAACGCACUCAAAGAGGCCGUAGUAUAUCCCUUCCUACGGCCGGAUCUGUUUAGUGGACUCCGCGAACCUGCUCGGGGGAUGCUCCUCUUCGGGCCUCCAGGAACAGGAAAAACGAUGCUAGCCCGAGCGGUGGCUACGGAAUCGCACUCAACCUUUUUCUCCGUAUCAGCAUCAAGCUUAACAUCAAAAUGGCAUGGUGAGAGCGAAAAGCUUGUGCGUGCGCUGUUUGGUUUGGCGAAACACAUGGCUCCUUCUAUCAUAUUCGUCGAUGAGAUUGACUCCUUACUUUCCGCAAGGUCCGCGUCCGGCGAAGCAGAAGUGUCCCGACGUACCAAGACGGAGUUUCUCAUACAGUGGUCUGACCUACAGCGUGCAGCGGCUGGGCGGGAGCAAUCGGAGAAGGAGAAGAAGGAGGGCGAUCCGAGUCGGGUGUUGGUGCUUGCUGCGACGAAUAUGCCGUGGGAUAUGAUGAGGCUGCCAGGCGGCGGUUUGUCAGGAGACAGUAUAUCCCGUUACCGGAGGAUGGGGUGCGGAAGACGCAGGUUGAACGCUUGUUGAGUCACCAGAAACAUGAGCUAUCGAGUGAGGAUAUUGAGGCUCUCGUUCGGGCUACUGAUGGUUUCUCCGGCUCUGACAUAACCGCUCUGGCAAAAGAUGCCGCCAUGGGUCCUUUGCGCAACCUGGGCGAAGCCCUCCUCUAUACCCCCAUGGACCAAAUCCGGCCCAUCCGCCUCGCAGACUUCGAAGCGUCUCUAUCUUCUAUUCGGCCCAGCGUUAGUCGGGAGGGUCUCAAGGAACAUGAGGACUGGGCGAAGGAGUUUGGUGAGAGGGGCGGUUAGCGGAUUAGGAUCGAGUGGCCUUGCUUUUGCCUGGUCCCUCGGUCCGUGUGUGUGGUUGUAUUAUAUAACUCAUCAUGGGAGGAGGAUGCAGCUUGCUGGGUUUGGUUUUGAUUCUUUCUUCGUUUUUUAUCUCCCCAAUCGCGCGCGGGGAGGGUUCAUCUGACAUUUACUCAUUAUCUUUUUUGGUUUGGUUAUCUGGGUCUGAUACCUAGUGAGCUUUUUUCCCCCUUGUUUAACGGCGCUUAUGCUUCUGUGAUCCGAUGGGCCCUUUGGCGUUGGAUAUUAUAUUUUAUUUCUUUUCUUCCUGUUUUGUAUUACCAUCCUUUUUCAGCAUGUUAUCUGUCUGUACACGGCUCUGCAUUCUAGGUACGGCUCUGCUGUUCUUUGCGAUAUAUAUAUAUAUGUAUAUAUAUGGGAGAGAUAAAUGGCAUUGGUUUUGUUCUUUCAUCAUGAUCUUGCGGUUGUGGGAUGCCUUCCUGGACUUGGAGAUGGGGUUGCUUCAGGCCUUUUUAUUUUAUCAUUCUAAUAUGGGCAUUGGUUCCGCUCACGAAUCCUGGAUAGCUUUCAGCUGGCGGAAGCUACACAAUAUAUGGAUGAAGAGAAAGGAGGAAAAAGAAAAUCAUCUAUGUAUAUAGCAAAGUGUAUAUAUAAUUAAUUACGCGGGAAAGGGACAAUAUUGGUCUCUCAAACACUAUAAUUUGGGUUCUAGCUGAAUUGUACUGUACAGGUUCAAAAAUAAAAGAAGUAUGGCAAG